AUGGAUAGCUGGUUAAAUGUAAAGAGGAAUAAUUCUACGGUUGAUAAUAAGAAGACACCAUGUACGAAAAAAAUUAAAUUAACAAAAUUUCGUAAGUAUGAUAAUAAUUAUUUAUCGAUGGGUUUUACUUGUAGCGGUUCUGAAGAAGAACAAAAACCACAAUGCGUGAUACGUUUUGAAGUUUUAUCAAACGAGGCACUACAACCAUCAAAACUAGAAAGACAUCUAGAAACCAAACAUAAAGAACAUGUUACGAAAACCAUUGAUUUUUUUAAAAAUAAAGAAUAUGAAUUAAGGAAAAAUAUGAAAUGUAUUAAAAAAUCUUCAACAAGUUAUAGUAAUGAAAAUGCCGUUAAAGCUUCAUUUGCCGUUUCUUUACUUAUUGGCAAAUCAGGGAAACCUCACACAAUAGCUGAGGAUUUAAUAUUGCCCGCUGCAAAAGCUAUGGUUUCUAUAAUGAUCAGUAAAGAAGUAGCAAAUAACUUAAAUUUAAUUUCGCUAUCAAAUGAUACAAUAAAAAAACGAAUUGAUAGUUUAUCAGGAAAUAUUAAAGAACAGUUGUUGAGAAGAAUAAACGAAUGUGACUAUUUUAGUCUCCAAUUAGACGAAAGUACUGAUAUAACUAAUAAAUCUAUAUUACUGUGUUAUGUAAGAUACAACUACGAAAAUACCAUUUUCGAAGACAUUUUAUUUGUAACCUCUGUUAUACAUACAACAGCAGAAGAAAUAUUUAUCAAAAUAAAUGAAUUUAUAAUAUUAAAUGAAAUUGAAUGGACAAAAUGUGUAGGAGUUAGUACUGAUGGUGCUUGAGCAAUGUCAGGAAAAAAUUCUGGAUUAAUUGCACGCAUUUGAAAUAUUAUACCAUCAGUUACUUGGCAUCAUUGCCGUAUUCAUCGUGAAGCUAUUGUCUCUAAGAAAAUACCAACAAAAUUAAAAGAAGUUUUAGAUGAAGCUGUAAAAAUUGCGAACUUUAUAAAAGCCAAAUCCUUAAAUUCAAGACUUUUUGAACAACUUUGCAAGGACAUGGAUAGUGAACAUUAUCAACUUCUAUUACAUUCUGAAAUUCGUUGGUUAUCUAGGGGUAAAGUGCUCUCUCGUUUGUUUGAGUUAAGACAUGAGGUUAGAUUAUUUUUCAUCGAACAUAAAUCAUCAUUUACGUUAAGUGAACGUUUAAAUGAUUUUUCUUGGUUGGCUAGUUUAGCGUACCUUUCAGAUAUAUUUGCUCAUUUAAAUUUACUUAACUUAAGUCUUCAAGGGUCCCAUGUUACAAUUUUUAAAGUUGAAAAUAAUAUUGAAGCGAUGAUAAAAAAGUUGGAACUAUGGAACCUUCGUCUAUCAAAGAAAAAUUACGAUUCAUUUCAAAACCACAAUAAUUUUCUUGAAUUGACCGAAGAAGAAUUAUCCGGAGAAGUUUUCAAAAACAUCAAACAAUAG